AUCUCCCUCGCCCUUGCCUGCUCUCGUUGCCUUCUGUCCUGAGUCGAUCAUUGAACAUCGACCAUACUACUCAGCGUCUACCUCAGCCUUACCACUACUGAUCUUCACCUAUCAUCAUGUCGUCGCGUCGCCCCACCCUGCGGCCCGUCGUGGUCGAGGUGCAGCCCGACGCUGUGCCCACCACAACCAACAAUGUCUCUACGCCCAACAGCCCAGCUUCACCACCCAAAUCAGUGCGCUUUGCACCAACAAACAACAGCUCUCGUCCCCUAUCCACCGUCGAAGCCUGGAGUCUCUACAACUACGAACUACAUGCCCGGUCCUGUCCCACAUGCUACCGCGCCAAAGUCUCCCGCCUAUGCGACACAGGCUAUGCGCUGAGCCAAGACGUCGCCUGCCACAUCUUCUCUCGAGAAGGCGACAUCUACGCCGUAAAGAAGGAUAGCAGCACAAACUCUCUCGUACGAGUCGAAAUCCCUCAUGGCUACUCUCAACUGCGACAUCUCCUGCGCUCGACGGAACGAGCUUUGCGCAAACAUAGCUUGUCGUCUACGCCAGCAGUGCCAACCAACGAUUACACGCGCGUCUACCCAAUUUCAUCAACACGACGCACGUAUCAACCUGACGCGAUCAUCGAACCAGCGUCAAGCGAUCAGACACAUCGCCGCAAACAUCGACACCGUUACUCAACCAUAGUGGCAAAUGACGGCCUAGAGAACGUCUCCAUCAGGCCCAUGCCUAUGCCAACGCCUUCCACAGAGCGACGUGGAACACUAUACGAACGCGAAGCGCAACGACGUAAAGACAGUGUACGCAUCGAAGUCCGAGAACCCGAUGUCAAAGAUCUUGAACGAAGGUAUCGACGACAUUCCAUCUGGUUAUGAUGAAUGAAUGAAGGAAUUUGUAUACGCUGCGCGAUCGGGUCGAAUUUCGAUA